AUGGACACGACGACAUUAAAAGAAGCUGAUAUGAAUCAAAUGAUAAUACAGCUUAUGGAAAGGGAAAAAAAAAAAAAAAAAAAAAAAAAUAUAUAUGAACAAAAGAAAAUGGAACCUCAAAAUUAUUCCCAUAUGAAGAAAUUCAAAAUAAGUCCAAAGGAAGAAAAAAGCUUGAAUAAGGAAGAAAUAAAGAGUCAUUUGAUUAAUUUUUUUCAAGAACAAGAGAAAAUAUAUAAAGACGAGGAACUUAAUACGAAAAAUUAUAUAAUUGAUGAAACAAAAAAGAAAGAAAAAGAACUAAACGGUUAUUAUAUAUAUUGCCAAGACUUCAAAAAUGAAUAUAACAAUUAUUUCAAUUCUUUCAUAAAAGAAUCAGAGGAUAUUAAAAAAGACCUAAAAGAUCUACAGAUUCAAUAUAUGGAUGAUAAGAUACUACUAGGAAAUAAAAGAAAAAUGGAGCUUGAUAACAUGCUGCAUUUUUAUAAAGAAAAAUUAUUAGACAUAAAAAAUCAUUGGGACACUAAGAAUUUUUGUGAUGAUAAUUUAAAGAAUAUUGUAUAUGAUAUAUUAAACGUUAUAAAUUAA